AUGCCUGUCAGACGUGGUCACGUUGCGCUCCAAAACACCUACCUGGACACCAUUAUCAGGAAAUUCGACGGGCAAAAUCGCAAGUUUUUGAUCGCCAAUGCCCAGAUGAAGAACUGCGGGAUCAUCUACUGUAACGAGGGCUUCUGCCAGAUGUUUGGCUUCACCAGGGCAGAAAUCAUGCAGCAGCCCUGCACCUGCCAGUUCCUGGUGGGGCCUGGCACCUUGAAGAGUGCCCUGGCACAGCUGGCGCAGGCCCUCCUGGGCUCUGAGGAGCGGAAGGUGGAGAUCCUAUACUAUGCUAAAGAAGGCACAUGCAGACCAUGUUUGGUUGAUGUUGUUCCUGUAAAAAAUGAAGAAGGGAUGGUCAUCAUGUUCAUCCUCAACUUCCAGGAGUUGAUUGACCCAACCCUCAAGAAAGCAGGACUUAGACAGAGAAUAUCCCAAGGAUGGGUGUGGGCAGGUCAGAAUCGCAGGUUAAAGAUGAGGCUGCCAACUCUGCGCUCCAUGAGACGGCCCUCGCUCUCCAAAGAUCAGUUUGAAGGCGUGGUGGUGGACUACCUGCAGCCCAACAGUGAGGAACUCCCCCUGAAAGAGUUCCGUAUCCCAUCCAAGGAGAGUUGCAUGCAGUCUGAGACAGAGGCCCUGAUAGAGCAGGACCUGGAGCCGUCUUCCCCAAUGGCUCAGUCCUCCCCAAAGCGCUUGUCCCUGUUGACUGACCGACUGGAUCCCAAUGUGGCCUUUUCCCGUGGGACUCUGAUUCACAGCUGCUCCAGAGACAGCGUCCACAGCCUCCGACGAGCAUCAUCCUUGGAUGACAUCGAUGGCAUGAGGGCUGAGUGGAACAUUCGACCGGGAGACCCCCACGCUCAAGGCAAUCUGAAGCCCAACGCUCUGAACUCCACGUCUGACUCGGACCUGAUGCGACACCGGACUAUCAGCCGCAUUCCCCAGGUCACUCUCGCCUUUGGCUCUGAUCGGAUGAAACCCCCCUCCCCAACAGAAAUAGAGAUCAUUGCGCCGAGCAAGAUUAAGGACCGCACCCAGAACGUCACGGAGAAAGUCACCCAGGUCACACAGGUACUGUCGUUGGGUGCUGACGUGCUGCCCGAGUACAAACUCCAGGCCCCACGCAUUCACAAAUGGACCAUCCUGCACUACAGCCCCUUCAAGGCGGUGUGGGACUGGCUUAUUCUGCUGUUGGUCAUCUACACAGCCAUCUUCACACCAUACUCCGCCGCCUUCCUGCUCAGCGAGGUGGAGGAAGACCGUCGGCGCACCUGUGGCUACACUUGCAACCCGCUAAACGUGGUGGACCUGGUGGUGGAUGUCAUGUUCAUCGUGGACAUCCUCAUCAACUUCAGAACCACCUACGUCAACCACAAUGACGAGGUGGUCAGCCAGCCAGGCCACAUCGCGCAGCACUACUUUAAGGGGUGGUUUCUCAUCGACAUUGUGGCCGCCAUCCCCUUUGACCUGCUGAUAUUCCGGUCUGGUUCUGAUGAGCCCCAUACUACUACUCUGAUUGGACUGCUGAAGACAGCGAGACUGCUCCGAUUGGUGCGUGUGGCCAGGAAGCUAGACCGUUAUUCAGAGUACGGCGCCGCGGUCCUGUUCCUCCUCAUGUGCACGUUUGCCCUCAUCGCUCAUUGGCUGGCCUGUAUCUGGUACGCCAUUGGCAAUGUAGAGCGCAAUGGCUCUGGCCGCAUUGGAGACAUGAAGAUCGGCUGGCUGGACAACCUGGCCGACCAGAUUGGUAAACAGUACAAUGACAGCGAUCCAGGCUCUGGCCCCUCGAUCAAGGACAAAUAUGUUACAGCUCUCUACUUCACCUUCAGCAGUCUUACCAGUGUAGGCUUUGGUAAUGUCUCCCCCAACACCAACCCAGAGAAGAUCUUCUCCAUCUGCGUCAUGCUUAUUGGCUCGCUGAUGUAUGCCAGUAUCUUUGGAAAUGUCUCAGCCAUCAUUCAGAGACUGUACUCGGGCACGGCACGGUACCACACCCAGAUGCUGCGGGUCAAAGAGUUUAUCCGUUUCCACCAGAUACCAGGCAGCCUCAGACAAAGACUAGAGGAGUACUUCCAGCAUGCCUGGUCCUACACCAAUGGCAUUGACAUGAAUGCUGUAUUAAAGGGCUUUCCAGAGUGCCUGCAAGCUGACAUCUGCCUCCAUUUGAACCGUAGCCUGCUUCAGAACUGUAAGGCCUUCCGGGGGGCCAACAAGGGGUGCCUACGGGCACUGGCCAUGCGCUUCAAGACCACCCACGCCCCCCCAGGAGACACCCUGGUCCACAGCGGGGACGUUCUCUCUGCCCUCUACUUCAUCUCCAGAGGCUCAAUAGAGAUCCUUCGUAACGACGUGGUGGUGGCCAUACUGGGCAAAAAUGACAUCUUCGGUGAACCCAUCAGUCUGUAUGGGCGGCCGGGGAAGUCCAGCGCUGACGUCAGGGCUUUGACCUACUGUGACCUUCACAAAAUCCUGAGGGACGACCUUCUGGAAGUAUUGGACAUGUAUCCUGACUUUUCUGACACAUUUUGGAGCAACUUGGAGAUCACGUUCAGCCUCAGAGAUGCGGACCGAAUAAACCAGCCAAGCCCCAGUGAGGACUCUGAGUGCUGCUAUCGCCGAACGAGACACAGGAGGAACUCCCUCCAUCGACGGAACCAGCCCGAUGGAACAGACCGUGAGCACUUGUACCCUAACCAGUCUUGUCCAAUGCGAACUCUCCGGAGCACUGUGCCCAGUUCUCCCUGGGAGGACCUCUGCAGCAGUGCCAGUAACUGUUCCCAUUCCAGCGAUGAAGAAAUUAAGCCCCUGGGACACAGCAAGGGAGAGCUGUAUCCCUCAGGGGGCGACAUUCGGGACUACCCCCCAGCAGUGGUCAGCCUCCGGCCUCCCAGCAGGCCCUCUGCCGGCAUGGGGCCACCUGUAGACCGAGGCGGUCCCCCUUAUUCAGUAGCAGCCCCCAUCAACAUGUCAGGACUGUAUGGCUACUGGCCGGAACGCAGGGCCAGCCAGUUCUCAGACAGCCAGAGACGGUCAUCCUCAGUCAGGGUCACCUACCACCCUCCACCUUGCACCGAAGACAGGCCCAGUGAGCUGGAGUCCAGACUGGAACUACUGCAGUGCCAGCUCAACAGACUGGAGACCCGAAUGACAGCAGACAUCAAUGUGAUCCUACAGCUGCUGCAGAGGCAAAUUGUUCCAGUGCCCCCUGCCUACAGCACUGUGUCCCCCAGCCCUCACCCUCCGCACCAGACCACCCUGUACAGUAGUGGUGCUCCGACAAUCCACUCAGUAGCUCCAAUCCCACCAGUACAGAUGGACAGCACUUCCUCACCACUGCAGAGUCCAGACUCCGACUUCAAGCACAAGUCCAAGGACACCCUGUCCAGCGGGAUCCACCUCAUGGUGGCCUCUGAUGACACCAUGUUCAUGUCCCCAGAAGCUGAGCCACCUCAUCUGCCCUCCGUAGGCUUCGUUCCUCCUCAGCUGUGCUGCUCCAACACCCAACAGGCUCCUGGACUGCUAUGUAGCAGCCAGCGCUUCCCUUCUCUUCCGGAGCACCUGGAGGCCUCCACAGAGAUGCAGGAGAUCCAGAGGCACAUCUCUGACCCUGUCCUACCAGGCAGCUAA